AUGAGAGUUACCACCGGUGUCCCGUUAAGGGCCCCUUUAUGGCCUAUAGUCAUCGCAUUAACCGUCUUUGGUGUUGCUAACCUUAUAGCUGUCUCGGCUGAUCCUUAUAUCUAUUCUUCACCACCACCACCAUAUCUGUACAAGUCCCCACCACCACCGGUGCAUUCACCACCACCACCAUAUCUGUACAAGUCCCCACCACCACCGGUGCAUUCACCACCACCACCAUAUAUGUACAAGUCUCCACCACCACCGGUGCAUUCACCACCACCACCAUAUUUGUACAAGUCUCCACCACCUCCGGUAAAAUCACCACCACCACCAUAUCUGUACAAGUCUCCACCACCACCUGUGCAUUCACCACCACCACCAUAUUUGUACAAGUCUCCACCUCCACCGGUGCAUUCACCACCACCACCAUAUUUGUACAAGUCUCCACCACCUCCAGUUAAAUCACCACCACCACCAUACUACUACAAGUCUCCACCUCCACCGGUGCAUUCUCCACCACCACCUUACUACUACAAAUCCCCACCGCCACCAACAAAGUCUCCCCCACACUAUUACUACACUUCUCCACCACCACCAAAAUCCUACUACCCCGUACCUUACCCUCACCACAAGAAACUCAUCGUAAAGGUCGUUGGCAAAGUUUACUGCUACAGCUGCUAUGACUGGAAAUACCCAAUUAAAUCACACGCCAAGCAUCACCUCAAAGAUGCUGUUGUUGAAAUUACUUGCAAGGCUAUUGGCCAGAAAGAAAUUUUUGCAUAUAGAAAGACUAAGAUCAAUGGCAAAUAUGCAAUUACGGUUGACGGUUUAGACUAUUCCAAGUAUGGAGGAGCAAAAGCUUGUACCGCUAAGCUUCAUAUGGCACCAAAAGGAACCAAAUGUAAUAUUCCAACAAAUCUUCAUGGUGGUUUGAAGGGUGCCGUGCUAAAGGUCAAAUCCAAAAAUGCUUAUGAGGUUGUCCUUGAGGCUGAACCAUUUGCAUAUGCUCCUAAGACUCUAUCUACGCUUUGUGAGAAGCCAAAGCCAAAACCAGAGCCCACUCCUUCUCCAUAUUAUUACAAAUCUCCACCACCACCGCCACCCACUUACUUGUACAAGUCUCCCCCUCCACCCGUUAAGUCUCCUCCGAUAUAUCACUACACUUCACCCCCACCCCCUAAGAAAUCACCACCUCCUCCAUACCACUACACAUCACCCCCACCACCCAAGAAAUCACCACCUCCCCCAUACCAUUACACAUCUCCUCCUCUACCGGUUAAAUCUCCACCACCACCAUACCACUACACUUCCCCUCCACCACCAGUGAAGACUCCUACCAAGUACCACUACACAUCACCCCCACCACCUAAGAAAUCACCACCUUCCCCAUACUACUACAAAUCACCUCCACCACCGGUUAAAUCUCCACCCCCACCUUACCAUUACACUUCACCACCACCACCAGCGAAAUCUCCACCACCACCAUACCAUUACACUUCACCACCACCACCGGUGAAGUCACCACCCCCACCUUAUCACUACACAUCACCUCCACCACCGGUGAAGUCACCACCCCCACCUUAUCACUACACAUCGCCUCCACCACCAGUGAAAUCUACGCCACCGCCAUACCAUUACACAUCGCCUCCGCCUCCUGUUAAGUCACCACCUCCUCCAUACCACUAUACAUCACCUCCACCACCAGUGAAAUCGCCUCCCCCACCAUAUCACUACACUUCACCACCUCCACCCGUGAAAUAUCCACCGCCACCAUACCAUUACACUUCACCUCCACCACCUGUAAAAUCCCCUCCACCGCCUUACCAUUACACAUCACUACCACCACCAAUGAAAUCUCCACCCCCACCAUACCACUACAGUUCACCUCCUCCACCGGUAAAAUCCCCUCCACCACCAUACCAUUACACAUCACCCCCACCCCCCGUGAAAUCUCCACCACCCUCAUACCAUUACACCUCACCUCCACCACCAAUUAAGUCACCACCACCACCAUACCACUAUAUAUCACCACCACCACCGGUUAAAUCCCCACCACCACCUUACCAUUAUACAUCACCUCCACCACCCAUGAAAUCUUCACCUCCUCCAUACCAUUACACCUCACCACCACCACCAGUUAAGUCCCCACCACCACCAUACCAUUACACCUCACCUCCUCUACCAACUAAGUCCCUACCACCACCAUACCACUACACAUCGCCUCCUCCACCAGUUAAAUCUCCACUACCACCGUACCAUUAUUCUUCACCUCCACCACCAGUUAAGUACCCACCAGCACCAUACCAUUACACAUCACCUCCACCACCUAUGAAAUCUCCACCACCUCCAUACCACUACACCUCUCCACCACCACCAGUUAAGUCCCCACCACCACCAUACCACUAUACAUCACCUCCACCACCAGUUAAAUCCCCACCUCCACCUUACCACUAUACCUUUCCCCCACCACCAGUUAAGUCAUCACCGCCACCUUACCACUACACAUCACCUCCACCACCUGUGAAAUCUCCACCACCUCCAUACCAUUACACAUCACCCCCACCACCGGUUAAGUCACCACCACCUCCUUACCACUACAUAUCUCCCCCUCCACCACUAAAAUCACCUUUUUCGCCCAUACAACCAUGUUUUUUUACUGCGAGUUUAAUUAAGAAGGUUCCUUAAGGGGAUGUUUCAAAAGUUGUUCAUCCACAACCAUUCCAUUUCAAUAAGUUCCUAAAUGAUACACUGAACUUCAUCAAUCUUUUUGUUACAAAUAUUUCUUUUCCACAUCAUCCUUGUGGUUCAUCCUAUCCUUGAAAAAAGAGCUUGAAGGGUUAUAUAAUGGAAACGUAAAAACAAAAGUACAAUUGUUUGUCGCCCGAAGAGGGUGAUAAGAGUAUUGUAGCUUUAAUAUUUUUCUUUUCAAGUUUCUUAUUUCUAUUGUAUAAAGGAUAACUGAUGGUUCUUUUUAUUUUUAUAUAUUAUUGGGGUAAUCUUCUGA